CCCUCCCUCUCUAUCCCCCAAAUCUCAGACUCAUAUUUCUUCCUUCUUCCUCCAAUCCAAACACUCCCUUUCUCUCCUCUUGCCCUUUUUCUCUCUGCUUAAAUCUACUUUAGCUUUAGCUUCGUAUACAGAUAGUAUGCCUGAAUGUCAAGAGAAAGGGAGAGAUAUGAGGAGAUAGGGAAAAAAAUAAAGAGGGAAGCAGAUGACUACUCGCAGAUGGGAAGGAGAUAUCUGUUGGUGCCUCCUGGAAGCAGUACAACCUUAAAUACUGUAACACCUUGUGCUGCCUGUAAGCUUUUGAGACGUCGUUGUGCUCAAGAAUGUCCAUUUUCUCCUUAUUUUUCCCCUCAUGAACCCCAAAAGUUUGCUUCUGUUCACAAGGUUUUUGGUGCUAGUAACGUUUCCAAGAUGUUAAUGGAGGUACCUGAGAGCCAAAGAGCAGAUACAGCUAAUAGUUUAGUUUAUGAAGCAAAUGUAAGGUUAAGAGAUCCGGUGUAUGGAUGCAUGGGAGCCAUUUCUGCUCUACAACAACAAGUUCAAGCUUUACAAGCGGAGCUAAAUAUUAUUAGGGCGGAGAUAAUAAAGUACAAGUUUAGUGACACCACAACAAGUACUCUCAUUCCAUCUUCUCAUGUUUCAUCAUUGUUUUCUUCUGGAAUUGUUUCCGUCGUCGCUGCACCGCCGCCACCGUUAUCACUGCCCUCAACGAUAUCUUCUGCUGAUGCCACCAUGUACACCCAACCGUCUACAACAACUACUGAAUUUAGCACCAUAUCCCGUGAGAAUAAUAUGUCCUAUUUUGGCUAAAUUUGGUUAUUAUUCCAAUUUGUUUAUUAUUCAUAUUGCAUAUCAAGAAUCAAAUUGACUACAAUAAGCAAUGAAUUGUUUAAUGUUACAAUAAGA